GGUAACGUUCAAAAUAAUAAAUGAAACUGGAGACUUAUCUCUAAAUAACAUCACUGGAGAUUUAGACAUGAGGUUUUCAGGUGGUAUAAAAUACUUCAUCAUCUUGCUUAUAUCUUUGGUUAUAUGUCUCACAGUUUCUGGUAACCUUCUUGUUAUGUUAGCUUUUAUCGUGGAUAAGCGCCUUAGAACGCAGAGCAAUUUUUUUCUGCUGAAUCUGGCUAUUUGCGACUUUUUCAUUGGAGUAUUCAGCACCCCUUUAUAUUUACCAUAUAUGCUAACCGGGAAGUGGCAGUUUGGACGCUUGGUCUGCAAACUCUGGCUAGUUAUCGAUUAUAUGAUGUGUGUGGCUUCUGUGUUUAAUAUUGUCCUGAUCAGCUAUGACAGAUUUCUUUCUGUGACCAAAGCCGUUUUAUAUCGCUCCCAACAAAACAGCCACAGGUCCACUGUCAUUAAAAUGGGCUCUGUCUGGGUAUUGUCAUUCCUUCUCUAUGGUCCAGCCAUUAUUUUCUGGGGAAGUAUUUAUGGACAAAACGAUAUAUCAGAUACUCUUUGUGCGGCUGGAUUUUAUGAAGUUUGGUAUUUUAAUUUUGGAACUUCGAUUAUAGAUUUCGCUCUUCCUCUAUUCAGUAUUUCAUACUUCAACCUGAGUAUCUAUUGGAAUAUCAAAAAACGCAACAGAAAGAAAAGGUGUCCUUCAGGUCCCCAUCAUUUAAAGGAAAAUCAGAAACGUCCAUACAUCGUAGCAACUAAUGCUGUUCUUACUUCUACGCCAUUACACAAGGAAAAGGAAGUUUUGGCAGGCGUAAGGAGCAGAGUUAAGACAUUCUCAAUCCAUUGCUUUUACAGUAAGAAAAUAUCUUCUGUUCCACCAGCGGACAGUCAAACAAAUACACACAACAUUCAAACCAUUAAGCUUUCAAGGGACAAAAAAGUUGCUAAAGCUCUUUCGGUUCUUGUGUGUGUUUUUGCAAUUUGUUGGGCUCCGUACACGUUUGUAAUAAGCAUAGGUAAAGCCUGCAAUGGCCAAUGUGUAGAGCCAUACUGGUAUGAAAUCACCGUCUGGAUGCUAUACAUAAACUCUGCCAUUAACCCUAUCCUGUAUCCUUUAUGUCAUAAAAGUUUCAAAAAUGCUUUUAAUAUUAUUUUACAAAUGUUUCUAAAGGCAUUUAGAUGUAUGAAAUAG